AUGGUUCAAAUAGAGAUUCCAAAAGGCGAAAACUACGGAGCAGAAUGGGAGAGGAGAAAGUAUGUUCCUAAAGAUGGGGAACCUGAAUUGCCACCUCAGAUUGCACAAUUUGCCAACAAGGGUGCUGAUGAGGUGAUGCAAGAACUCAAUCGUUUGCCUUUUUUCAUGACUAAAUUGGAUGAAACUGAUGGCGAAGGAGGAGAGAAUACCGAACUAGAGGCACUAAAAUCGUUAGCAUACGAGGGAGAACCCGAAGAGAUAGCAACAAACUUCAAAAACCAAGGGAACGACUGCUUUAAAGCAAAGCAGUACAAGAAUGCAUUGAUUUAUUAUACAAAGGGAUUGGAAGUGGAUUGUGGAGUGGAUGAAUUAAACAAGGCAUUGUAUUUAAACAGAGCCGCGUGCAACCUCGAUCUACGCAACUAUCGUCGAUGUAUAGAGGAUUGUAAAAAGGCUUUACUUAUUGAUGAAAAGAAUGCAAAAGCAUGCUUUAGAUCAGGAAAGGCAUUUUUGGCGAUUGACAGACUCGACGAAGCAAAGCAAAUCCUCGAGUAUGGAUUGGGCUUUGGUGAGAAUGCAGAUCUAAAGAUCUUGUUAGAUAAAGUUGAAAAGAAAAUUGCCGAGGUGCAAGAGCAGAAAUCAAAGAAGGAGCAUCAGUUGAAGGAGCAGCAAAUGAAGCAGGAAAUUUUGACCACUUCUAUGAAAUUGAGACAUAUUGAGGUAGUGAAAAGUAUCAACCCCCCUGAAAUUAUAAAGGAAGCAAAAAUCCGACUCGAGGAUCCUAUGGAUUAUCAAUCGCAAUUAAUAUUUCCCGCUCUAAUAUUAUACCCUACGAUAGAUGAGUUUGAUUUCAUUGCCGAAGUAAGCGAGCUAAGUACACCUUUGGAGAUAUUGGAGUUGAUACUCAAUAGACCAAAAGAAUGGUUUGAUGAAAAACAUAAAGAGUUUCACGUGAAAACAUUAGUCUGCUUUAUGGAAACAAUAAGUGGUGGGUUGGUCAAAAUUGGUAAAAAAAUAGAGAUUAAUCAAGCGUUGAUGAAAGAUACACCUAAAGUGCCACUAUUCGAUGGUGCAUUAAAGUUGUAUGUAGUGCCCAAAUCAGAGGCAGAUUCAUGGCCAUCACAGUGGAACAAAUUUGCAGCUCUACAAGCAAGAAAGGAAUUACAAUAA